CAAGGGAGAGGAGCAGAGAGUGAGAGGGGACAGAGGGGACAUAAACUCAACCGUUUCCCAGAGCACUGUGGACUUUGGACAAGUUGACAUUGACACUGAUCAAAAUAUUUUCUCUAGACUACAGUUAUGAAGUGGAUGGUCAAACAAAAAGGAUUUUGAAAUUGUCAUUUUUUUGAAAUAUUAAAUGCAUUUUUUAAGUGCGUAAUGUCACGACUUCACCAUGAACUAUGUUUUUAUGGGUAACAUUAUAAAGAAAGACUAGGCCUAAUCUUGAUUUUAAAGCGCAUUGAACUGAUCUAAUUUAAAAGGCAUGUUUCCUGCGUGUUACCCUCCAGCUCAGUAUAGCGCCUCAUGGGAUGUAACAAAUGGAAAGCUGGGUUCAACUUUGGACACCUGAAGGCACAGUCCAAACUUUCCGUCUUCUUUGCCAUGAUCAUCAUCUUCACGUACUUAUUUUAUUGUUUCACUGGGUACUGCGACUCCCUACCUUUAACUGUAUACGACCAACAGACUUUUAUCAACAAAAUCCUCCAAAAGGAAGGACUGGAGUAUUCACCUCACCAACUGUCCGACGCGCACAAGAACAGUUCUCCCGGCUCGUUUGUUCGCGAGCUCCCCGGCGUUGACAGUGUUGACACACUCUUGCAGGGCAAUGAUAACGAACUGCGACCUGAUAACAAUAUCUCUACAGCCAAUAACUUCGGGACUAAAACGUUUCCUCAAGCAAUCAUCAUCGGAGUAAAGAAAGGAGGCACGCGCGCGCUACUGGAGUUUCUGCGCAUUCACCCGGAUGUCAGAGCAGUGGGCUCCGAACCCCACUUCUUCGACAGGUUCUAUGAUAAAGGACUGGAAUGGUACAGAAACCUGAUGCCUCGGACAUUGGAAAGCCAGAUCACUAUGGAGAAGACACCUAGCUACUUCGUCACCAAGGAGGCUCCUCGCCGUCUUUUCGCCCUGAGUCAUCACACCAAGCUGAUUGUGGUGGUCCGAGAUCCUGUGACCCGGGCUGUGUCCGACUACACCCAGACACUGUCGAAACAACCCGGCCUUCCGUCCUUCCAGAGCCUGACCUUCCGGAACUCAACCACGGGCCUCAUCGACACCUCCUGGAGUGCCGUGCGCAUCGGGAUCUACGCCAAGCACCUGGAGAACUGGCUGCGCUACUUCCCCCUCUCGAAGUUCCUCUUCGUCAGCGGGGAGCGGCUGGUGACGGACCCGGCCGGGGAGAUGGGCAGGGUGCAGGACUUCCUGGGGCUGAAGAGGUUGGUCACAGACAAACACUUCUACUUCAAUCAGACCAAGGGUUUCCCCUGCCUGAAGAAGCCUGAGGGGAGCAGCAGGCCACGCUGUCUGGGGAAGUCUAAGGGAAGGCCUCAUCCAGAGAUCUCUCCAGAGGUGCUGCUCAGGCUCAGGGAGUUCUAUAGGCCAUUUAAUAUGAAGUUUUACCAAAUGACAGGCCAUGACUUUGGCUGGGACUGAUGGAAAUGGGAUGGGAUAGAGAAUAGACAUGGGUCUCCAGAGGAUCGACAGGCCCUGUACUGGCCACUCAACCUGAUGUUUUACCAGAUGACAGGUCUUCGUGACUUCGGCUGGGACUGGCGGGAACAGGCUAGAGUUGUGCUGCCAAUGUAACCAAACCAUGGGAGAGACUGAUAGUAUCUUUUGGUUUUAAAGAAAGGGAUUAAAACUCCUUGAAUAACAGAUGUGAUUUUUCUUGUAUGAUUGUUGUGUCCAUACAAUGUAAUACCAUUUUUAUAUUCUGACAAAACUGCUCCAUGAGCCUGACAAAUCUUUUUAUCUGAGAAAUGAAUCCCGAAUAUGCUAAUACUAUUUAAAUAAGCUAGACUACAAUAAGCCAAGUGCAUUUCUUGAAUAAUUUUAGUAAUCACAAAUUAUUUACUGUUGUCCCAUUUUCCAGUUUUAAAAUGCAACCCCAACAAUGUUUAGGUGACAUUCUUUUUAACAGAAGACUAUUGCUGGGAUAAAUGCUGGGAUAAAUGCUGGGAUAAAUGCUGGACAAUGUGCUUUUUUGAGGGAAAAAUAUAUAUUAUUGGUUUACUCUAUGUGCUGUAAAAUUGCUAUUAUUUAUGUUGCAAGAGUUAUGCUAUUGAGAAUUGUGAUAUAUCCUAUAUGUGUAUCUGUGGUUUUCUGCAUUGUGUUUUUGUUUCAAACCAAACUAAUAAACUGUACCGCUCUGACUGUA